AUGUGCUCAAAUAGAGCAUGUUUCAUUAUAAUAAAGGAUAGUAGCACUAACUUGAAUCAGGAAAAUUGGAAGAACUUGAUGGCCUCAUACCCAAAGGAAUAUAUUUUAAUUGUUAGUAACUCUGCGGGCACAGAUGAUGACACAGGGCACGAGGAGGCUCAAUUGCUUCAAAAGAAUACUGGAAUAACAGUUUUGAGGCAUUCUACAAAAAAACCAGGAUGUUUAGAUGAAAUUAGAGACUAUUUUUCAAAGUUUGGAAUUCAGUCAAACGAAAUUGCAAUAAUAGGAGAUAGGAUGUUCACUGACGUUCUUAUGGCUAACAUGAUGGGAGCGUGGGGUAUCUGGUUAUCAGAGGGUGUCGAGACAUCACAAAAAAUCUUUCCUAGAAUAGAAAGGGCUUUCUAUGAUAAACUAGUAACACAGAGACCGGAUGACCCAUUUGUUGCUCCUGUUCCCAAGCAGUCGUAA